AAAUGUGAAGGAAUGUAUCAACAAAUCGUAAUACAUGCCUUACAAAAACAUUGCACACCUCUUCAUUAUCAGCAAAAACCAAAACCGAAACGAAAUGUUCUCACAUUUGCAGCUGGUGUUGUGGCAACACUUAUUGUUAUGGGAGCAACUAUUGGAUUCAAUGCCUUUGUUAAAAGUCAAUCAGGAAUUCAUGAAACAUCAAUGUCGGAAGCAGAACUGUACAGAAUCGAACACCAGAUUAAUACAAAAAUGGUUAAUGCUAUCAUUCAAUUACAUCAAGAAAUGGAAAGGUUAAGACAUUUAUCUUAUCAACAACAGAUUCCAUCAUUGUUUCUUGCAAAGUUCUAUCAAAUAGAAACAAUAAUACAUGAAGUAUUUUCGGAAUCCGUUGAUAAACCUAUUCCAAAAGCAAUUUUCCAAUUGUUUAAUAAUCUUUCGAUCUGUAAUGAUUGUCCACCAGAAAAUUGGCAUUUAGAAAGUUGCAAGAUAUAUGCUGCAAGAGAACCAUCAGACUCUUUAUUACGAUUAAAUAUUAACGCAAUCAAAAUUGACAGACGAUAUGAAAUUCUUCGUGCUGACCCAUUUCACCUAAUUGUGAAUGAUAAAUUGAAUUCAUCCAAUCUUUGUACUUCAGUUUAUACAGGUCCGUCUUAUUCCGUAAUGGAUAAGGAAACGAAAUGCGCCAAGAAUAUCAUAUUCAAUCCGUAUGAUGAUUAUCAAGCUCCAUUUAUAUUCCAUUCUAUAAAUUGUAAUAACAAUUUUCAAAAUUUUGGAGCAAAAUGGAAAACAGUAGAUUGCAAACCGAAAGAAGAAAUGACUUCGGAAGAAAUCGUGCAAGUAAAGACUGAUGAAAAUUUUGUUUAUUAUUAUUGUUUCCUCCAAAAUAUGACAUUACAACAAAAUUUUUAUCCAUGUAAAAAUCAAAUAUACAAAUCAAAACUAGGUCAAAAUUUAACCAUCAAUAAUCAAACAGUAAAAUUCCAUAAAAUUAAAAUCAAUAUAGUCCAUAAUUUACAAGAUGAAUUCAACGAAUUAAUUAAUUUUCGAAUUUUCAACUCUUUUAAUUCAUCAGUGAAUCUUCAAGAUUUAACUACAUUAGUUGAACAAGAAGAUAAAUUGAUCAACAAAAUAGUUGUUUCAUAUUUUUCUCAAUAUUAUUUAUACAUCAUUAUUUCCAUAUUAUCCAUAAUAAUUGUAAUAACAAUGAUUCUUUUUGCUUAUUAUCGAAUAAGAGCCAGAUCAUAUCAACAAGUGGCUCGUGAGCAAUACCAAUUGGCUCAUUUGCGAGUGUCGAGAUCAUGAAUACGAAGGAUAAUCAAUUUGUUAGCAAAUAUUUUGUUAUUUUCAAUUUUCCCCUAAAUUAUUCUAUAU